AUAGAAAAAUUUUCUCUCGAUGUGGAGCGAUAACGCAUUUUCUUCUGGCGUGUUUUGAUCGAAUUUUCCUUGUCUAAUUGUACAUUGAAAUCAGUGAAAAAGUGUAUUUCUCAUAAGAAUCUUUCUCUCGCGAUGUGUGGAAAUAGAAAGUAAAAUGAUGCAGCAACAGUAGCAGCCUUUGAACGAACCAAACACAUAAGGCACAAUAACAACACACUCACUCACACACACACACGAGGUCACAGCACGGCAACAGACGGCCAAGCGAUGUCGCUGUUCCGAAAACCAAAAAAACCAAUCCAGCGACGCGUUUUCAGCGGCUACGAUGAUGAGGAUGAAGAAAACCACAACGCAUCCGGCAAAUCGGAUAACGGCCCGCACAGUGUCAGUAAUGGCAGUGAUAAUGGCAGCGACAUCAACCGACCAGUACCGAUGGAGCUCGAUCCCGCACCGGAAGGUCCGGUGGUAGCGGUCGUACCGACCGGGUCAGAACACCGCAAGCGAAAAGAACACCGUGCGGAAUCUUCCUCUAAGGGCUCGUUGAAAGCGAUUCCGAGCACCAAACCCUCUUUGCUUAGUUUCGACGACGAAGAGGAAGGCGAAGUUUUCCAAGUGAAAAAGUCCUCCCACAGCAAGAAGGUGAUGAAAACGCUCGACAAGGAACGGCGCCGGAAACGACAUUUGGAGAAGAACAAUGGCACACAGGCAGCAACGGCCCAGACCGGAUAUGGUGCGGAGCAGGGCAAAUCGAAUGCCUCGCGCAAACAGCAGUACCUUCCGUCUUCGACGCCACCAUCGGUCACGGGGUCGUCGUACGGCAACGACAGUAAUGAUAAGAUAAAAAGAGAAAAGUGUGAAAAUUCUAGCUCUAAUAUCCAAACAGAAAUACGCACAGACGACUUUGUGCUGGUGGUUAAAAAGUCGGACCCUGAAAAUAUGAUUCUGAACGGUCGGGCAGCCCUGUGUGCCGGACGGAACGAUAUGUCCUCGGAGGAUGAACCGCACGAGGAGGAUGAAUCCGACGGUCGGAUGCAACAUCACCAUCGGUUUGCGAAACCGCAGGACAACUUUAAGAUGUGUCUCGAAAACGGUGUUAUACCGGACGCGGCUAUGAUUCAUGCCGCUCGCAAGCGGCGCCAGAAAGCACGCGAGCAAGGUGAAUUUAUUCCAGUCGAGGAACCGAAGGAAGAUAAGAAUAAAAAACGCACCGUACAAGAGGAUGGUGACGGUGACGGAUCGGAUGAGGAUGAUGAUCGUAUCGAUAUGUCGGCUAUAACCGGUGCCAAAGAGCGUGAAGAACGACGGGAACAGUUUUAUGCCGUACAGCGCGAAGAUUCCGAUGCGGAAGAUUCCGAUGUGGAAACGAAGGAAUGGGAAAAUCAACAAAUACGCAAGGGAGUUACCGGUGCUCAGCUAGUUUCGGCGCAGCAAGAAUCCGUUAUAUCACAGUACUUAAUUGGUAGCAACUUCAGUCAAACGUUCCAAAACAAAUCGGCCCUGCUGAUGGAUGAUCAACGGGUUGGCAAUGUGAGCAGUGAGUUGCGUGGCCUUUCAACGGCUGCCCUGCUCGAGAAAGCUUACGCAGCGACCAGUGCUGUCCGGUUGUCUGGUAGUGGUAGUAGGCGAACGAAUGCAUCAGGCAGUGGUGGUAUGACCAAAACAACAGACACGAAACCGACCGGUCCGCGGAUGCCGCAGCAGAUUCUUGCACAGCUGACCGAACGGCACCGCACGACGUCGGAGUUGAACCGGAAACAUGACGAAGAUAUCAAACAAAUCACGCAAGAAAUCAAAUUACUCCAGAUGGAUCACCUGUCGUGUGAGCAAAAGGCUCCGGUUGCUGCGGCCAAGUAUCGGUUUUAUCAGGAAUUUCGCUGCUAUGUGUCGGAUUUGAUCGAAUGUCUGAAUGAAAAGGUACCGCUGGUGACAGCACUCGAACAGAAGGCACUCACCUUGCUGGGCAAACAUUCGGGAAUGCUCAUUGAACGUCGUCGUCAGGAUAUGCGUGACCAGGUGAAGGAAGUAUCCGACGCAAAUAAAGGGGUCAAGCGAGUUGGUCCAGAGGAACAGGAACGGAUUCGGCGAGCAGCUGAACGGGAGGGACGUCGUACACGUCGCCGACGGGAUCGCGAAAAGAAUGAAACAGCGGAGAGUCAUUUCGACGGCAUGUCCAGUGAUGACGAAAUCCCAGACAUGGAAGCAGCCCGCUAUCGUUCCGCCCUGCAAGCGAUCGAGCUGGAAGCGAGAGAAGUGUUUGUAGAUGCGGCAGAAGAGUACGGUGAGGUAGCCGGUAUUCUGGAGCGGUUCGAGCAGUGGCGCCAGCACGAUAUGCCCGCGUACAGUGACGCCUAUGUGAGCCUUUGCCUGCCAAAGAUCUUAGCACCACUGAUACGGCUCGAACACGUCUGUUGGAACCCGCUAACGAUGGAUGCCUUGGUGGAGCUGGAGAAUGAAAAGUGGUACCGCACGGUCGCUCAGUACGGAUGCUCGGCCACGACGGAGGCGACGCUGGCUGCGGAUCCAGAUGUUCGGCUAAUACCGACGCUGGUAGAGAAAAUAUUCAUACCAAAGCUGACGGCACUGGUCGAACAGUAUUGGGAUCCGCUGUCCACGACGCAAACGUUCCGGUUGGUUCGAUUACUGAAGCGGUUCGUGCGCGAUUAUCCAUCGCUAAAGAUCACGUGCAAACCGCUCCGAGUGCUCUUCCAAGCAAUUCUCGAUAAGCUGAAGCAGUCGAUCGACAACGACGUGUUUAUUCCAAUCUUUCCCAAACAAGCGCAAGAGGCAAAGUCGUCCUUCUUUCAGCGUCAGUUCUGUAGCGGUUUAAAGCUACUGCGUAACAUCACCAGCUGGCAAGGCAUUCUGGCCGACGCAGCACUCAAGGAGCUCGCGAUUGGAUCGCUGCUGAAUCGAUACCUGCUGAAUGGUAUGCGCGUCUGCUCACCGGUGGAUGCGAUCGCGAAAGCUUCCACCAUCGUGUACACAUUGCCGCGUGUCUGGCUCAACUCGAGCACAUCCGUCGUGCAGAACAUGGAUCAGUUUGUCAGUAUGCUGCAACAUUUGCAAUCUCAACUAGAUCCUGCCCUUCCACAAAAUGGGGAACUAGCCGAACAGAUACGUAAAAUUCUAACAAGUUUGCACGUGGUUUCAACGGCUUCGUCGGUAUUGAACUAACUUUAUCAAGGAAAGGUUUUAUUGAUACUUAUACCCGAAUCCAACAGUCGUUUUUCGAUCAAUGUUUCUAAUACAAUAGAAAAGCAAGCAAAUAAAGUUGCUCCGGUCGUUUUGAAUGAACGGAAAUAAAUUUCAAAA